AUGGAAACAACAUGUGACUCCUCUUUGCCAUUAGACCAAACUGUAACAUUAAGUCAUACAGAUAAAAGCAUUCAUCAGAGUAAUGGACUUGUUAUAGCAUUUACUUGUGUCAAUUAUCUUCAUAGGCAUGAAAGAAAUCAUACGGGAAAGAAAACCUAUGAAUGUGACCACUGUGGGAAAGCCUUCUCAAACCACGGUCAUCUCCAAAUACAUAGAAGAACUCAUACUGGAGAGAAACCUUAUGAAUGUAAUGAAUGCGGGAAAACCUUUGCACGUUACAGUUAUGUUCAAAGACAUAAAAGUAUUCACACUGGAGAGAAACCCUAUGAAUGCAAUCAAUGUGGUAAAGCCUUCUCACAAAAGAAAAACCUCCAAAUACAUAAAAAAACUCAUACUGGAGAAAAACCCUAUGAAUGUAAUCAAUGCGGGGAAGCCUUUUUACGAUAUGGUGGUCUCCAAAUACAUAAAAGAACUCAUACUGGAGAGAAACCUUACGAAUGUAGUCACUGUAGGAAAAUCUUUUCAUACCACAGUAGUCUCCAACUGCAUAAAAGAACCCAUACUGGAGAGAAACCCUAUGAGUGCAAUCAGUGUGGGAAAGCCUUUGCACGUUACAGUCAUGUUCAAAUACAUAAAAGAAUUCAUACUGGAGAGAAGCCUUAUGAAUGCAGUGAAUGUGGUAAAGCCUUUGCGUGUCACAGUAAUCUCCAGAUACAUAGAAGAGCCCAUACUGGAGAGAAAUCCUAUGAGUGUAUGCAGUGUGGUAAAGCAUUUUCACAGCACAGUCAUCUACAAGUUCAUAAAACAACUCAUACUGGAGUGAAACCUCACGUGUGUAAUCAAUGUGGGAAAGCUUUUGCACGUCUUGCUAAUCUUCAAAGGCAUAAAAUAACUCAUACUGGAGUAAAACACUAUGAAUGUAUUCAAUGUGAGAAAUCCUGUCAUAAUGAAUCUUCUCCAGGUUCAUAAAAAAUAAAACCACUUUUCCAGGAGAGAAACCUUUUGAAUGUAAUCAGUGUUGUAUAGCCUUUACAUGCUAUAGUUAUCUUUAAAGGCAUGCAAGAAUUCAUAGUGGAGAGUCACCCUAUGGAUUUUAUCACUAUUAUGAAGUCUUUGCAUUUCACCCUGGUCUUUAAAUCCAUGAAAGAGUUCAUCCAAGAGUAAAAGUUGUAAUGUAUAAUGAAUUCGUUAAAUCUUUCCUAUAUUACAGUAGUCUUAGAAGACAUGAAAGAACUGAGACUAUAGGGGAAUCCAUGAGUAUAAAGGAUUUGGUAAGAUCUUUAGUCAAUGAACUUAUAUUUAGUUAUACAAGAUUGUUGUGGAGAAAAAUCAGACAAGUGUCAACAUUCUAUUCAAGUAUUGUGAUAGCCAUCUUUGUUGCAUUUAUAACCUCGUGGACAAAGCCCUGCAGAUUUGUUUAGUAGGGAAAACCUUUUAGAUAUCAUGCUUCUCUUCAAUUACAUGAAGUAAAACUUUAUGGAUGAGUACUAGUGUUUUUUUUUUUCCUUCCUGUGAUAAAUCACAGUGUCUAAGGCUACUUGUAAAAGAACUUAAUUUGCCUUAUGGUUCCAGAGUGAAUCACGAUCAUCCCAAGAGAGACAAAGCAACAAGCGUUAGAUAUGACAGCUAAAGCAGGAAGCUCAGAGCUCACAUUCUCAAACCGAAGCAUGGAACAGAGAGUGGGAACUGAUAUGGUGUCAGGAUUGAAAAUCUCAAAGCCUAUCAUGAGAGUUCCUCUAUGGGGUGGCAUUCUCUAAACUUUUCCAAAUGAUUCCAACAAGUAUUGAUUCACUGAUUUGGAAGCCAAUGUGCUUCAUUUUUGUUCUGAGAAGGAAUUUAUGAUAAAGAAAAAUUCUGUAGGUAAGUCUUUAGAUGCCUCAACAUCUGGGUUAUAGGAAUGAAUGUUUAUCCAAGAAAAAUAGUCAUGAGGGAAAAUGUUUAAUGAUUCAUUUUACUUUUUAUUUUGCUACAUCAGUGUGUUUUUUGAUAUAUGCAUGUGCUUGAUGGUCCUCAAGAAGGGUAGACCCUGUAGUCCUCCUGGAUUUCUAGCAGGAAUUACAAGAAGUUGUCAAAACCUUAACCCUCUGAAUGUUUAAAAACUUUAUAUAUCACCUUGAUAUUAGGUAAUAGGGAAGAACUCAGACACAAGAAAAGCCUUGUUCAAGCAAACAAUAUAGUAAAGACCUUAGACACCCAGGCCAGCUUCAAUGAUCCUGGCUGAGAUGGUCCAGCCUCAGACUAUUCUAACCAAGACUGCAGACAAACCUUAUGCUUUCCCAUUGCUCGGCAGCUGAACAACAAAUGUUAUGGCCAACUCGCAAUUUCCUCAGGGUCCCCUAAAGAUGACAGCACCUCCUGGCAACACGAAGCUGUCUAGAAAAAAAAAAAACAAUGCCCACGUUUCCAAGAGAUAGGGUUGGUGGUUUUUGGUCAUUCAGCGGGUUAUGAAUGUUUGUCAUCAUUUGGGGAUGUUGGUUGCAAAUUGUCAUUGAGCAUGGUAAAGAAAGAAGCUAAUCAAGGGAGGCUAGAGUCAAGGAUCUCUUUUGGGAAAGAAAACGGGACAUAGGAAUCAUAAGAUGAAAAGGUAGAUUGUUGAAUUUACUUUAAAAUAAUAAACAGCUAUUAAUUUCAAAUAUUUUA